AACAGCUCUCCCACAACCUUUUUCUUCAUCCCAUCCUCCAUCCUGGUGACGAGGGUUCACAAUGGCGUAUCUUGCCCCAAUCCACCGGCCAAGCAGUGUGCGCCAUGCUCUCAAGUUGAAACUUUUGGACCCGGAUGAGGAAUGCCUCGUUCUUGCAAAGGCAAAUCGGAUAGAGAUAUGGACUGCAGCACCAGAAGGCAACAGGCUGGAGAUGCGCCACUCGAAAGCCAUCUUCGGAACCGUCUCGAUGCUCGCAAAGAUCCGGCCUAUGGGAGCCAAAACCGACCACCUCCUCAUCGGCACAAUUCGAUUCCAAUACUUCACUGUAUUCUGGGAUCCCGAGACCCAGCAGCUCGAAACAAGCCAGCAGUUCUCCGAUGGCUCGGAAAAACAUAUGCGGGAGUCGCAGAGCCGGGAUUUGUGUAUGGUGGACCCCACAGGUCGAUAUUUGGUCCUGGAGUUGUUCGAAGGCGUUUUAAAUUUGAUCAAGAUUCUCAAGCCGAGGAAAGGGAGAGGGGAUUAUCUGGACAAGGCGGAACAAAUCAGGAUAACGGAGUUGAAGGUUCGGGCCAGCACUUUUCUUUACACGGAGACGAAGCAACCAAAAAUCGCGUUCUUAUACGAGGAAGAGGAGGGAAAGUGCCUACGAUUAUCGACUUACCGGCUAGUGGACGAUAAAAUGCAAAGUGCUUCAUUCGAUCCCCGGAAAGAUAGAGAGAAUGAUAUUGGAGAAUUGUGCCCAGGUGCUAGUCACCUCAUACCUGUGCCCAAGGGGGAGGGUUCCCAAAAGAGAUAUAUUGUUAGGAACGAGAGAGUAGUGAAAGCUCAACUGGGUGGAGUAAUAGUGGUAGGAGAAACGAAAAUGACCUAUUUGGACGACGAGAGCAAAGCGGUUGUGGAAUUCGCAAUGGAAGAAGCUGCGAUUUUUGUUGCGUGGGAAAGAUACGACGACCUGCGGUACCUACUGGCUGACCUCUAUCACAAUCUUCACAUGUUGACGAUUCGGGUUGAUGGGGCAGAUGUUAUGGGAAUCGACGUUCGAAAACUGGGGCAAGUCACGAAAGCUAAUGUAAUGGUGAAUAUGGGACACGGGGUUUUCUAUAUUGGUUCUCAUGAGUGCGACUCUAUGAUUGUUAGAAUAGACCCUGAGUCGGAGGCUAUGGAACCUGUCCAAUAUCUGGACAAUAUCGCCCCAAUCCUCGAUUUUGCAGUUAUGGAUAUGGGCAAUCGAGAAGGCGGGGGGACUCAAGCGAACGAGUACUCUUCUGGGCAAGCUCGUCUUGUGACUGCAAGUGGCGCUUUCGAAGGGGGAAGUUUAAGAAGCGUUAGAAGUGGCGUGGGGCUCGGAGACGUGGGUGUCCUGGCCGACUUGGAAGACAUUCGAGAAGUCUUUGCUUUGCAGUCAAACGAAGAGUGUCCAUCAGAUGACGCUCUCAUCGUGUCACUACCGACCGAAACACGGAUUUUUACCUUUGAUCCUGAAGGAAUCAUCGAAGAAGUGGACAGCUUUAGAGGCUUGGCACUGAAUCAUCAUACCCUUUUAGCUAUCAACCUUUCUAAUGACUUGAUAUUACAAGUCACAGACGCUGGAGCAGCAUUACUCGGACGUGGACCGGCUUUUGUUGCUGCACAGUGGUUACCUCCAGAGGGACAUCUCAUUACGGCCGCAUCAGCAAAUGAAGGCCAUGUUUUACUCUCCACAAAUGGACUCACUCUUGUCUCGUUAGACAUUCAACAAGGACUCAAGGAGGUUGCUGUACAAACUCUCUCGAAUAAUGACCAAAUCGCCUGCAUUCAUGUCCCUGGUCAAAUCCCUGGCAUCGGGAUAGCUGGCUUUUGGAAAUCUGGCUCUGUUUCCAUUCUAGAUCUCACAAAUCUUGAAGUCAUCCAGUCAGAGGAGCUGCGUCGGAAAAAUGAUGCUUCUAUCCCAAGAGCUAUCGCUUUGACACAAAUCUUACCGGAAGCGAUUUUCGGUCCAUCACUAUUCGUUGCCAUGGAGGAUGGCAUUGUGUUGACUUUCAAUGUCGACAAGUCGAAUUACUCACUCUCCGGAAGGAAAAGUGUAGUUUUAGGAACUCAGCAGGCACGGUUCCACGUUUUGCCAAGGGAUGAUGGACUCUUCAACGUUUUCGCAACUUGCGAGCACCCAUCUUUGAUCUACGGAUCCGAAGGGAGAAUUGUCUACUCGGCUGUGACUGCGCAGGACGCUGUAUGCGUAUGCUUCUUUGACUGCCAAGCAUUCCCAGAUUCCAUUGUCGUGGCCACAUCCAACCAACUCAAAAUCUCUCAAAUCGAUACCGAAAGAAGGACGCACGUGAGCACCCUGCCCAUGGGAGAGACAAUUCGAAGGAUAGCAUAUUCUCCAGCUGAACGAUUAUUCGGCAUCGGCGGGAUCAAACGUCGACUAUUUAAAGGUGAAGAGAUUGUCACUUGCUCGUUUUCUCUAGUGGAAGAUGUGAAGCUUGGAGGGAUUGGAGAACCUUAUGUCCUAGGCCAGGAAUACGGAGCAGAACUCAUUGAAUGCGUUAUUCGAGCCGACCUGCCAAUCAAGCAUGGGGAUUUCCUUCCUGCAGAACGAUUUAUCGUCGGAACCAGUUUGAUUGAUGAAGAGAAUGAAUUCCUCCAGGAGAAGGAUGUCCGAGGUCGAAUAAUGGUCUUCGCUGUUGACAGCAAUAAAACACCGCAUCUGGUGGGACAGAUGCUUUUGAAAGGAGCAUGUCGAAAACUCGCAGUUCUGAGUGGCCAGAUUAUUGCGGCGCUCACUAAGACUGUGGUCAUCUUCGACUACGAGGAAACGACAGAGAAGUCUGCUGAGUUUACGAAGUUGGCUACGUACAGGACAUCAACAUGUCCAAUCGACCUCGCUGUUGAAAAGACCGAUAAGGAAAACAUCAUUGCGGUAGCCGAUCUCAUGAAAUCUUUGUCGUUGUUAGAAUACACUCCAGGAAGCGUGGGACUCCCAGGCCAGCUCACAGAAGUAGCGCGCCACCAGCAAGCCUUCUGGGCAACAGCGGUUGCUAACAUCGAAGAAAAUCUCUACCUUGAGACAGACCAAGAUGGAAACCUCAUCGUGCUGAGACGUAAUCCUGAGGGCGUGACGCUUACAGAUAGGAAACGGCUGGAGGUGAUUAGUGAGAUGAAUUUGGGAGAGAUGGUAAAUAAGAUCCAAACGAUUGAUGUUGAACCUCCUCCAAACGCCAUGGUUAACCCGAAGGCGUUUUUGGCUACAACUGAAGGAUCAAUCUACCUCUUCUCCCUGAUCGUCCCCGCAGCACAAGACUUACUCAUGCGUCUGCAAACACGCAUGGCUCAAACGAUUCUCACGCUCGGCGGACUCGACUUCAAUACCUACCGCUCGUUCAAAAACACUGAGCGGGAAACGAUAGAGCCGUUCCGGUUCGUGGAUGGAGAGUUGAUUGAACGGUUUUUGGAUGUUGAUGAGGAGGUGCAGAAGGAGAUUUGCAAGGGGUUGGGGCCGAGUGUGGAGGAUGUGCGGAACCUCGUUGAGGAGUUGAAACGGCACUGAGCGAGGAAGAGCUGGCUUUUGCUCAAAUUGGGAUGGAGGGAUUAGGUGUACGGAAGGAUGGGGUGACGAAUGUAUCAUUCUGGAGCAUAAUUGACUUUGUGCAUAGCAGGAAGGGAGACUAAAAGCAUCAAGCAUGGCGUCGAGGCACUUGUCACAGAAAAGAAAAUAGAAUUCACAGUAUUUCC